AUGGAAGUGAAAAACUAUAACUUUGUUUACCAAAAUGUGGAAGACCUCGAAAAAAUUGAUGACAAUGAAAGUGUUAAAGACGACGACGAAAGUACUGAAGACAAUAAAAGUGACAUUGAUUACAACCGCAAACCAAAAAAAUAUAAAAUUCGUAAUAGCCGUAAAAUCAAUAGAUUAACUAAAACAAUAGACGAAGCCGGUAGGAAAAUUAUAAUAGAUCAUAUGGACGAAUGGUUAAAAAGGGGAAGAAAACCUAUUGACCGUUCAUCUUUCUCCCCGGAAGAGGAACAUUAUAUUUGCGAAUUGGUUGUAGAAUAUCAAAGAACAAAUAACGGCCCUAUUCCAUGGAAGGAUAUUCAACCUAAGGUGAAAGCGAAAUUUGGUAAAUUUCGUUCGCGAAACAGUAUCAAAAACGUUUGGUACGCUGGUCAAAGACGGAAUGAUCGAUUGGCUAUAUUUGAAAGAGGUGAAUUUAAUACGAUUAAAGACAAAUUUGAAAUUGAAGAUAAAGAUAAAAUUGAAUAUAAUAAUGAAAUUGAAGAUAAAAGUUUAAUUGAUAAUAAUGAUGAAGAUAAAGGCGAAAUUAAAUAUGAAAAUGAGUUUGAAGGUGUACCUGAAAAAUUGCACCAACUCGCUUUCUCAGUUAAUAAAAUUGAACCUUCUACCAAUCAAGAAAAACUUAAAUUUCGAUACCUGUUGAAUGAUGAUGAUGAAAAUGAUAAUGAUAUAUUAUAA